UUUCUAGUUUUGAAGCGCAUGAUGAAGCAAUGAAAGUCUUGUAGAUGUGUCUCAAACUCCACACUCUUCCUCUGAAGUAUUUACGCUGAGUGAAGAUUGAGCAGAAACCCGCUGGACACCCACACAGACUGCACAUUGUUAACAUGGCAUCAUCAGAGCUUGCGCUUUUGAGUGUAUCAGACAAAACUGGACUGCUGGACUUUGCCAAAAGCCUGGUGGAUGUGGGGCUGUCCCUGGUGGCCUCGGGUGGCACAGCCAAAACCCUUCGUGAUGCUGGACUGGCUGUCAGGGAUGUGUCUGCGCUCACUGGACACCCGGAGAUGUUGGGAGGCAGAGUGAAGACCCUUCAUCCUGCUGUCCAUGGAGGCAUCCUGGCCAGGAAAACCGCCCCUGACACGGCAGACAUGGAGAAGUUGGGCUACAGCCUGGUCAGAGUGGUGGUGUGCAACCUCUACCCAUUUGUGAAGACCGUCUCUAACCCGAAUGUUACAGUGGAAGAUGCUGUAGAGCAGAUAGAUAUCGGUGGCGUAACUCUAUUGAGAGCAGCGGCCAAGAACCAUGCUCGGGUCACCAUAGUGUGUGAUCCUGCUGACUAUUCGCUGGUUGCCAAGGAGAUGGCAAGUUCAGGAGACAAAGAUACAACCCUGGAAACUCGCAGGACUCUGGCUCUGAAAGCCUUCACACACACUGCACAGUAUGAUGAGGCCAUAUCGGACUACUUUCGGGGACAGUACAGUCGUGGUGUUUCCCAGCUGCCUCUGCGUUAUGGCAUGAACCCUCACCAAGCACCCGCACAACUCUACACCCUUCGCCCAGCCCUCCCCCUGAAAGUGGUCAACGGUUCCCCCGGCUUUAUCAACCUGUGUGAUGCUCUGAACGCCUGGCAGCUGGUCAGAGAGUUAAAGAGUGCCCUCGGCAUGGCUGCUGCCGCCUCCUUCAAACAUGUCAGCCCUGCUGGAGCUGCAGUAGGAGUUCCUCUGACUGAGGAGGAAGCCAAAGUGUGCAUGGUGCACGACAUGCUGAAGGCUCUCACCCCGCUGGCCUCAGCCUACGCCAGGGCAAGAGGUUCAGACAGAAUGUCAUCUUUUGGAGACUUCAUUGCGGUCUCAGAUGUGUGUGACGUUCCCACCGCCAAGAUUAUAUCAAGAGAGGUGUCAGAUGGUAUCAUUGCACCUGGUUAUGAUGAAGAGGCGCUCAAGAUACUCUCCAAAAAGAAGAAUGGCAACUACUGUGUCCUUCAGAUGGAUCCAGACUACGAGCCUGAUGAGACUGAGGUGCGAGUGUUGUUUGGUCUCUAUCUCAAACAAAAGAGGAACACGGGGCUCAUUGAUAAGGAAUUCUUCAGGAACAUUGUUUCCAAGGGCUCGCUCUCCGAGGAAGCCGUGCGUGACCUCACUGUGGCCACCAUCGCUGUCAAGUACACUCAGUCCAACUCUGUCUGCUAUGCUAAAGAUGGACAGGUUAUUGGCAUCGGUGCAGGUCAGCAGUCACGUAUCCACUGCACACGGCUGGCAGGUGACAAAGCUGAUAACUGGUGGCUGAGACACAACCCUCGUGUCCUGAACAUGAAGUUUCGUAGUGGUGUGAAGCGAGCGGAGAUGGCCAACGCAAUUGACCAGUAUGUCAGCAACACCAUUGGAGAGGGCCCAGACUUGGCAGUUUGGAAGUCAAUGUAUGAAGAGGUGCCUGAGCUUCUGUCGGACACUGAAAAGAAGAACUGGAUCAGCUCCCUGCAGAGUGUGGCUGUCAGCUCUGACGCCUUCUUCCCCUUCAGAGAUAACAUAGAUCGUGCAAAACGGAGUGGUGUUGAGUACAUCGCAGCUCCAGCGGGCUCUGCUGCUGACGAGGUUGUGAUCAAUGCCUGUAAUGAGCAGGGCAUCACUCUGGUGCACACCGGCCUGCGGCUCUUCCACCACUGAGCACCUCCAACGCUUUUCCAGGUGUUUAAACCCAACUCGGUUUUGCAUUAUUACAGAUUUAGUCUUUUUCUAACAUUGCUGAUACACAAAACAUUCCUGCCCUCAUCAUGCUGAAGUAUAGUGUAGAGAUCACAGAUGCACUUUGUAACACACUAACUGCAUUCCUGACUUGUGAUCCUAACAUUCGAGCUACAGUAACUGUUAAUGUUCAUUGUAGGUCAGUCCCAUUUCACUGUGAAAUAAACUGUCAGACAGUU